GCUCGUAGUCAAAACAAUGUUAGCCCUGUCUAUACUAUUUUUAUUCCCUUAUUGUCUUCAUAAUUGUAUAAUGUUAAGGCUAAUUCAGAAUAUACAGCUUAAAAAAACGCCCGACGCUACUGCGCAUAAGAUUACAUUACGGGGCUCGUCAAUUCAUGGAAAAAUAAAAGAAAGGCUGAAAGGCGAGAGAGAGGCGAGGGCUUAAGUUAACUAAAUUUUAGUCACCAUUGCCAGGAUUGGGAAUAAUUAUAUUUUGGGAUCAAACAACCUCAUUGCACUUGAUCUGGAUGUACUGCAAUGAGGAAGAAACGACCAAAAGAUGGUCAACAAAGUUUAAACUAUUGAAUGCCUGUUAGCUGUUUUUAAUUUAUUACUUGAAUAUCAUGGAUGGUGGGGAUGGAACAGGUUUUCCAUUUGCUUCAGGAGAAUUCAACAAGGGGGCUGAAUCUACAGACAUAUCAUGGGGUGAUAUGUUUUUGGAUGGUAUACAUUCAGAUGAUCCCAACUCAUCCGACGCUGGAGUUAUUGUUUCAGAGGGAACAAAUAUUGGCACAGCUAUCCACGGAACAGCACAUAUGGUUCAACAGCAACCUAAUGUUAUUGGUGGUCAAGUGCAAGUUCAUAUUCCGACUCACUUACAAGGCUCAUUGGGCAACAACACGGUACAGCAUGUUAACAGUGGCACAGUUACUUAUCUGACUCCCUCUGGUACAGCACAUGUUAGCACUGCAAGUAGACUUCAGAAUGUGUUGCCUGCUGCAGCACAAGUCACAGCAUCCAUUGGUCAGGCACAAAACAACGCAAAACUAGUACAGAUUGCACCCUCUUUUCCGAUGACCCAAGUCCAACAGUUAAAUAGUGUCCCAAUGACUCUACUCCAACCUACUCAAACUUUGACUGGUCAAACUAUUUAUGGAGGUCAAGGUACAGCUGGUCUGUUUUCAGGACAAGGCUCAGUCCAUAUUGAAAAUCCUAAAGUGGUCAAUGUCAACUUUGGUCCCCAUUUGAUUGGCUCUGAUAGUAGUGGACAGCAGGCUAUAAUACAGACUGCAGAAGGCAAAAGAGUUCUUAUCACUAAUUCUCAAUUGCAGCACAUGCCUCAGUCCAUCAGUCUGUCUCAGCUUCCUGUGGGCACCCAUUUGAUCAACCCUGGAGCAGGGAAUGUUAUCAGAGCAAGCAUGGCUCCAGGGACCACCGGUACUCGCCAGAUACUGCUGCAUAAUAUGCCUAGACAAGCUAGUGCACAACCGACUGGGCUGACCAAAAAUGUUGUGCUUAAUCCUGGGAUCUCUCCUGUUAUUUAUCAAAGUGGUCAAAGUGGCCAGUUACUUCAGUCCCACCCUACACUUAUCACUUCUGGAACAGGGUUACAGGUGGUCAAUACAGGAGGAAAUCAGGGCAAUCAGGUCCAGUUAAUUGCUCAACCUUCAAUGAAUCAAUGUGGAAUGGGGCAGCAGCUCAGCCAAAGUACAAUAAUGAAUUUUAUCAAUAACCAGAGUGGUGGUAGUCAAAUUGCUGGUCUUGUACCUGGACAGAAUAUUUUUGUGAAUGGACAAAUGUUAAACAUUGGUCAGAUAGGGGGCCUGACAAUGUCUCAGCUGCAAGUGCAACCCAAUUCUCAAGGGGGUGUCACAUUAGCCAAUCUAAACACAAAUGUGAACCGGUCAGCCCAGUUUCAACCCACAACUCAACAUUUGGUUAUUCAGUCUAAUGGUCAACAGCAGAUCAUGCUCCAGCCAAACAAUGCCUCUCCAUCUCUUGUAACCUCCACAGCACAGAGGCUGAACUCCAGCAUUCAGGGUGGCAAAGCUGCCAGGGCGCCCACACCCAAUGCUAACUCUGCCUCUUCAACUCCAGUAGCCACGCCUACUCCGUCCACACCGACCCCAACUCCUACGCCUGAUCUGUCAGAUUAUGGAGGCCAAGGCAGUAAGAUGAACAAUAUUCUAGAACAAGCUCUCCAGUUGUCUGAUAUUGACUUACAAUCUUUUGAGGAUGAGGAUUAUUUCAAACUCCUUGACAAUUCUUCAACUACUUCGGUGCAGCCCGAAAUCCCUACACCACCUGUCAAAACCAAACCACAGUCUACCCUAACCAAAUCAAAAAGUACUAAAUCUAAAUCAAAGACUACUCAGCCAGUGGUUUCAGUUCCUAACAGUACCAUUUCAUUUCAGAACACAAAAGCACCAUUUCAAACUUCACAUGGGCAAAAAGUUACUCUUAGCUCUGACCAACAAAUUAUUAGCAACGGUCAGGUUUAUGUUGUAUCAGCUAAUGGUCAGCAACUUAUUCUUCAGCAACAAGUUAAAGGCCAGGUAUCUAGUGCAGAUGUGUCUAAUAGUAUUUCUUCUAUUAGCCAGAGACCUCACAUAGUCAAUCGUCAAUCCAAUCAGAGUACAGACUUGAGUAGGCAGUUCAAACAAAAUCAAAAUAUUCCUGUUCCCUUGGCAAAAGAAGAGGAUGAUAAAGUGUUCACCAGUGGCAGUGUAGGAAACAUUGCUACUUCAAGUAGUCCCAUUUUACCAGUCUCAUCAUCACCACAUGUAUAUAGCAGGCCCUCUACACAGACUUACUCCAACGCCAAUAUUUCACCUUUGGGAUUGAACCAGGCACAGGUUAAAAAUCAAAAGAUCACAACCUUGGCAGGUACAUUUUUAAAACAAGAGCCAUUAGUACAAACUGUGAAGCAGGAAUUUAGUAUUGCAAAUGUGAAGCAGGAACCUGUAUCAGAGAUACAGGUUUCUAUUUCGGAGUCUCCAACUUUUAGCCAACAAGUUUCUUCAUACAAUCAUGUAGCUGUGACUACCUCAAAUGUUAUGACUGCAUCAUUGCCAGUCAUCACCUCUUCAGUCUCAUCACUAACUGCCAACUCCACAUCGACAACACAGUCUCACCAGGCAACUAUCAUGACCUCAUCUUUCAACUCACAGCAAACGUCCAGUGUUCAUCCUUCAUCAGUGUCCUGUGAAACUUCUACUGUUUUUACCACAGCUGUGUUCACACAGGCACUGUCUAGUCCAACAUUUUCAUCCAUUUCUACAUGCAGCAAACCAGCUUCAGCUCUGAAAGAGAAAGAUCCAAGCAGUGUCAAAGUGAUGACUCCUAUAAAGAUAGCUAACUCCACAUUGAUGUUGAGCUUAACACCAAUCCAGAAGAAGAGAUUGGAAGAUCAUUUGUCCAACAUGAGCCUUAAAGAACAGAAUGACUUCUUGACACAUCAGCAAAAUAUCAUCCGUCGCUCUCAGCAAGUUCAGCAAAAACAAUUGGAACAGCAACAGAAAUACCAGCAACAACAAAAACUUCAACAGCAAAAUCAAAUUCCCCAACAACUGCAACAGAACCAAAUUCAGCAACAGCUUCCCCAGAGUCAAAAUCAGCAACAGUUUAUACAGAAUCAAGUUCCUCAACAGUUUCAACAGAAUCAAGUUCCUCAACAGUUCCAACAGAAUCAAGUUCCACAACAGUUCCAGCAAAAUCAAGUUCCACAACAGUUUCAACAAAAUCAAGCUCCACAACAGUUUCAACAAAAUCAAGCUCCACAACAGUUUCAACAAAAUCAAGCUUCUCAAGGAUUUCAACAAAAUCAAGGCCCUCAGCAAUUUCAACUAAAUCAAGGCCAUCAACAAAGGCAGCAAAUGCAGACACAAAUGUCAGCAUCACAAUCUCUUCAGCAGUCCCAGUCUGUUUCAGGUCAAACUCCUCUUCAGGAGAACAUGAGACAGUAUUCUAAUCAUUCUAAUACUGUAGACAAUACUCUGUCUACGUGUGCUACUGGAGUAACAUCAUUAACAUCAUUACCAGCUACAGUACAGGAACUUAUGGAUAAGCCAGAAGACAAUCAGUUGAGUUUCCAAGAACAGACACAACAAGUACGACACCCUAUUCCAGUGCCACAAGCACCUCCUCAGCCGGCUCCACAGAUGCAAACCUCUCUACAGCAGACAUAUGUAUAUCCUUCGAUGGGGCGAUGUUUAGCUGAACAGCAGUUGUUGCGUGACAGGACAUUAGCCCUGGGCCCUGAUGUCAAUUCUCCUUUUAAAAGUCUUUCUGAUGCUAUGAGAAGGUUGGUACGCUACCACACUCUUCAAGAUCAUAAACCUGAGGAAGGCUCUAAACAGAUGAGAAAAUGGGAUACUAAAUACUUCAAUGUGUGUGACUAUCUGAUCAAGAAAAAAAGGCGCUACAUGAAAAGAUUUCACAAAAUGAAAUUGUUUCAUGAUAUGUGUCCAGAAAAGAGUCCAGAAUACAUUCAAAACUUGUUGUGUUUUAAUGAACAGCUGCAAGAUGUUAUCAAUAGUGAAAAGGAACAGGCUAAAAACUCUCCUGAGAGUUUUGAACCUCUGCAGCCUGGUCUCUGUUCACAGUCUUUCAAAACUGAACCACCUGACUCUGACAAAUUAUCAGAGUUGGACCCUGUGCCCAGUGUGGAUUUGAAAUUUAAUGUUGAUAAAAGAGAUUUGAAAAAGUUUGAUGUGAAACUAGACCGUCCAGAGUUAGAUAUCAAAUCUGAGAAAUCAGAGUCUCCCUAUGAGUCACCAUCUGGGCACAAAAGAAAGCUAACUGAAAAAAGUAGUGGGACAUUAAAAUUUGUCUUUAAAAGGCGGACAACAGAUAAGGAUAAAUUUAUAGUCAAGAAUUCUUUUGUAAAUCAAGAAACAUUGCCUGAGGAUUUAAAACCGGUUGUUAAUUUAGAAAAAAGUGAUAGUGAAUAUGAGUAUGACUCACAUUCUGCGGUGACAAAUAACCAACCAGUGAUAGUUAGAAGAAGGACAUCCUCUGUUUCUAGGCAAACUUCCUAUGAAGCUGGUAGUAGUGAAGGUAGCUCAUCUAAUUCUAACAGUUCCAAAGUAGAAAGACACUUCUCAUAUGAAGAAGUUGAAUCCAGUCAAGAUGAGGAUGAUGAAGAAGAUGAAGAUAAAAACACAGAUGAACCUAGUGAAGAUGAUGCAGAUAUUCAAGAGGAGGAAGAGGAAGAUCAAGGUUCUCAGGAGGAAAGAACGCAUUCCAAGGGCAGGCAUCGUGUUUCUUUUGGGGAUAGCGUUGAAGAGAUAAAUAGUGAUGAUGCAUUCAUGGAACCUUUUGAAAGUGGUGGCCCACACAAACAUAGUGGGUCAAGUCAACCUAAGUCAAAUAUCUUUGAAACUUUUGGGGAAACAAAUUCAAACUUGAAAAAAAAUUCCCACAGCUCAUCGCUGAGUGGUUUAAAAUCUAAUUUGACAUAUCCUAAUUCCAACUGUAGUGUAGGCAGUGGCAAUAUCUACAGUGAGAAGAGACCUCACUCUAACCAGUUCUCAUAUAGUGCAAAUGACACUCCUGGUACAUUCCGACAAUCAGCAUUACAAGUUUCCCCUCUUCGACAAAAGGAGGGUAUGUUAAAUAGCAGCUGCUCUACCACCCACAAGGGAGAGCCGAUUUUUACCACGCCUAAUAAAAGCUUGUUGCAGACAUCUGCCAUGUUCAACUCUUCAGACGAUGAGGAUGAUAAUGCUAAUAGCUCGCAAAGAAUUUCUUCCUUUGAGAUUGACAAUAAAGAUCCUCAAAACAGCAUGAUUAAUGACUCUGUUAGAUCAGCUAUCAAUAGCGUGCUUAACCAGGAGGACAAUGAUGAUUCCCAGUCUAGCUGGUCAUCCUCUGCUCGUCGAACAUCUUCGUCGGCUCGUCACAGCUUGUUUCACUCAGCAUCACCAGCUGCCACUCAGAGCCGUGAUGCAGACUUGGAUGCAGCUGUUCAAAGCAUAAUGAAUGAUUAGAACUCGCAAUUCUAAAUGAAAGGAAAUGUAAUAUUUGUAUAUUAAAAUGUUGUGUAGUUUUUGUUUUUCCCAUGUGUAGAUUGUGAUGAAAGCUUUUAUGUGUAACAUGUACUCAUUGUGUACAUCACUCCUAUUUAUUGAAAGACUGUGUCAUAGCUCUAUCAAGUAUUAUUAUUCAUUUCUACACAAUAAUCUUAAUCAAUUGUUUAAGUAAAUCUUUAAUCAAAUCUUUUAAGUAAUUGUGUACUAUACAAAGCCAACAGAACUUGUGUGCAUUAAUCAUAUCAGAUGUGAGUCAGCUGCUACUUUUUCUAUUUUUAAGUCGGAUGUCAGAAUGUUGUAUUUGGUGCAUCUGUUGUAUUCAGGCCUCUGGAAAAUAUUUAUAAUCUUGCAAUAGUCAUUUUAGAGUUAUCUUAGGAACGCUAAGAGAUUAACUUCUUCUUCGUUCUCUUGUUUAAAAAGUCUUAGCAUCUAGAAGUACAUCUAGAGUUAAUUUGGAUUCUGUGAGGCCAAAAGUAGGAUCAAGCUUCUAGGACAAUUAGGAAGGUGAAAGAUAGUUGCCUAACAGAGCUUAUUUUUAACUAAAACUUUAGUUGAAUAUUCAGGCACAGUUACUUAAUGAGAUACAGUCUCAAAUGUAGGAUUACAAAAGCUUAGCCUUUGAGAGAAUAAUUUGUGAGCAAAAGAAAUGAAAUAAUUUGAUAGAAAUAUUUAAACUUCUACUAUUGGUCCAGUAGAUAUCAGUUAUGUUCUUGUUUUUUUUAAUCUUUUUAUAUGUUUAGUUCGCAUUGAUAGUAGUAAGUUAUGUGUGUUGAUUUUUUUUUAAUGCUUGGUUAACUACAAAGGACAUGCAGGUUUGAAGGUUUCCUGGCCAUGACACUUCAAUGAAAUAUUGAUGUGCAUUAGUUCCUUCCAUCCUAACUUAAUAAUCUACCUAUUCUGAAAGAAUUGUUUCCUUUCUGAAUGUUACUUAGGCAUAGUUUUGUUAAGAAACUUGCUCAUAGUGUACUAUCUAGGGGUAUUUCAAUGUAUGGUUAACUCUUUCUCUCUGUAAUUAUUUACCACAUUCUGGUGGAAUCAACGUUGGUAUCAUUAGUUAGGAGAGAAAGAGUUAAGUUCAGCUCACAAAAGAAGCAAAAUAAGCUCAAUGUUAGCACCAUAAACAACAUGUGUGUUCAGAACCUAGAUGUCAUUCUUUGGAAAGAAGAAAUGAGACAUGUUCUAUUGUACUCAAACAUCUCCAUCAAGGCCUUCACAUUUACUCUUUUUCUGACCACUCUCUAUGUAGUGCAAUAGUCAGUUGAAUUGCAUGCAUUUGUAAUGUAACAAUGGAAUGUCUUUCAGUUGAGGUGGCUUGCCACUAGCAAACUACUUAAAUCAUGUUUUACUACUAGACUGAAAAUAUAUCUGGUUUCAUAACAUUUUGUCUGUAGCAAAGCCUUUCAAGAUUAUUAUAAUAGAGCAGAGCUUCUUCACUAGAACUUUUAAGUAUUACAAUGGAAGUUAGCUUAUAUUUAUUGUAGUUUUAUUUUUUUAAAUAAAGCCAAUAGGUUUUUGAUCACUGCUAUGUUAAUUCAGAUACUGAGAGAGAAUGUAACGAUAAUUGUGUCUGUGUGUGUUUGUCAAAGUAUCUCUUUAAGAGGCAGCAAAGUUCCCUAACCAUUGAUCAAAAAAAAAGCCUGUCAUGCUUUAAAAAUGAUCAUGUUGGUAUAAAUAUCUUUGAUUGUCUCAUGAUGGCUGUUAAGCUAGUAGUGCAAAACAAAUAUUCUAAUUAGGGUAAAUUGUGUACAAUUAUAUUGGAGUUUAGUUUGUCUAUUUAUAGUCUGGCCAUAUUUGUAAUAAAGAUUUAAUUGACUACAUAUCAAAGGAUUCCACCUUUGAUUCUAAAUGGCUUUAACAUAGCUGUGGCUAUGGUUGUAAUCAAAUGUAUUGUGAUAGCCCUGAUGUGUUGCCCCCCCCCCCUCCCCUUUACAAUCAGAUCUAGUACAAACUUGUAAGAACUUAGUCAUAUGGAAACAGAUCUGUUCUUCAGUUAUUGUUUCUUUGUUGUUGUUUUUUUUAAACAUUUUUAUUUUGACAGAUUUUUGUUGAAUCUGUAAAUGGCUUAACAACACUUAACAACUGAAAACAAAAUAGUGGAGAAAACAAAAAAAACUUUUUGCAUGGGUUUUCAGCCUGUCUGGCCAAACUGUUUGAAUGUGUCUGCUCUAGUGGCUCAGAUUGUCAGAACAUGCCAUAAUGGAUGUGGUAUGGUGCUAAUUUAAUUUAUUCAUUUGUACAUUCAUGUACAUGAAAACAACUCAGGACAUACACACACACAUUAUUCAUUGGUUAUUGCAUUGCUUGAUUCUAGAAACAUUGAAAUGUCAGUAGAAACAAAGUGUCCUCUUGAGUAGAUAGUGUCUCAACAGUAUUAAUAAUGAGCAUAAUUUGUAUAUUUUUAUUUUCCCAAAGAGUAAUUAUUGCAUUUGUAAAUCUCAUAGUUUAAAUCUAGUGCUUGAAUGACAUGUGGUCUCUGUAUGCAUUGUGCUAGUUAUCAGUUGACACUGUGCUUAAUUUAAACUUUGCUGAGAGCUUGAAGACUGAACAUAAUCGCCAUGUAGAUCAAGACCUGGGUGUUCACUUACAGUGAUUGAUCCAUGACAUCUAUUCAUAAUUCUGCACCCUGCUCAGUUCAAGCUCAAAUGAAACAAUUGAAAUAGCAGAGUGAAUAUUUGACUUAACAACUGUCUUGACAAAUGUGACUGUACCCCUAGCUCUUCAAUAAUUAGUGUUUGUUCAUUUUAGAAAGUGAAAUCAAAGACUCUAGUUCUACCAGGAAUGUUUUUGAAAUAGUUAUUAAGUAGUUUUUUGGUUGUUUUAAUUUUUUUUCCUCAUCAAGAAAGCAUAUUUUGUGAUAACGUCUACCUUGUUGUAUUAGUAAGUCAACCAGUAUACAAUGGAACCUCAAUAUAAUUCCAUUUCAGAUGAAGAAAGUGCAAGUUUCAUUUUCUUUUCGAAAUUCAUUUUGUUUCCUUUCCUGACAUUUCUGUUCCCUUUAUACAAUUUAGAUGUACGGUAUCUUAGAAAUAAUAAUGACUAGAUCAUGUAUAAGCCAUUUGUCAGUCAUGCAGAAUGGUUUUGACAGAAUUUGUCAGUGUAUCACUUACUGUUCCAACAUGAGAAGUUAUUUAAAGUCUGCUGUUUUCUCAAAACUCUCAAACUAUUGACAAUUCAAUUCAUUCAUAAGCUAGAGAGCUAUUAACCUCAUUUGAAUCACAUUUAGAGAUUGACUUGUGGCAGAUAACCCAAAUUUGGUUUCAAAAAUCAACUUAGAUUUCUAAUAGGACAAAUAAAACAUCCAUUGAGGCACCGCUGUAGGUGAAAGAACUUGUAUUUAUUUGUAACCAAUGUUCUUGUAUUUUGACUUGGUCUAGAGUUACUUGCAUUCUAACUUAAAUUAUUUCAUUUCCAUGAACAAAUUCAUCCCCAGUGUGAACAGUGCUAUGCAUUUUGUAGAGCAGGGCUCUACACAAGUUUUUGGUGUGAUUCAUCCUCAUUUUAGAUGCUCCUAAACCAUUCAAAUCUUCAAGUGAUUACAAUGAUCAGUAUUUGUUUCACAUUGUACAUAGACUCUUGGUGUUGUACUAUACCUCUUGUUUUAUACAUAUACAUAGAAUCUAUGUAAAUAAUGCAUUGGCUUGUUUUGUAGACAUUUUUUUUUUCUAUGCCAAUCUCACCCAUAUCAUAUCAGCAUAUCCAUGAUUCAAUAUACUUGUAUCAUUAUAAA